AUGACCACUGUAAGUCAACAUCACCACCAUCUCCUUGAAAACCUCAUAUCUGAAAAGUAUAAUCGGAAACCACCGCCACUGCUACCAUUUCUGUGGCGACUCCGACAAAAGGGUUCUAACCCAUUUUCCCACCACCCAUUUAGCCGGACCACCACCAUCGAUGGCACCCAUUUUUCCACCACCUGCUUGAAUCGUCGUCGAAGAAGGAUAGAGAUGAAGAGAAAAGAAGGCAGAGAAAUGGGUGACAUCGGUAUGUGCUCAAUGGGGAAUGGUGGUGCUCCGCCGAAAUCAAAGUCGAUGGUGUCGUCGGAGUCGGAAUCGUUGGCGGUGCCGAAGAGAUGUCGCAGGUCUGAAGCUUCAGAGUGGGUUGAGGUGAAAGAAGAGAUGGUGGUGCUCCAGACGGUAGGUAAUACACGGUGGUGGCCUCCGAAACCCUCAGUCACCGGAACACUCAAUCACCGGAAGCCUAAGUCACCGACUCAAAUGCCGUCAUGGAAGUUGAUGGCAUCGGCGCCGGAGAUGAAUUGCCCGCCGCCGCAAUCGUCACUUGGUAGAUUCAACAAUUUUGAGUCUGCUUUUAGCUCAAUGGUCUCCUCGCCUGUUUCCAAUUCAGUGGCUCCAAACGAUACUUUCGCCGUUCGUGAACUUAUCGGGAAAUUGGGUAGCAUUUGCAAUGGUGAUGGUGAGGUUUCUCCGGCCGCCAUGGCUCCGGCAGCAGCAGUGCCAUUGAAUUCACCACCACGCAAGUUUGAUUGGCCACCCGUUGACCAUUUUGGGAAAGAAAACCAACUCAAUUUGCGAGAUUCAAGUCCUCUCGGUUCUGGAUUUCCAUCACUAACAGCGGAUCCAGGUUUCGCGGAGAGGGCGGCGAAGUUUUCUUCUUUUGGUAGUCGUAGUUUCAAUGGCAGAACUUCUCAGUCAGGGUUAAAUUCAAGCAACCCGGAUUUGCAAUUUAGAUCUAGCGUUUCACCAUUAAUGAGAAAUGCCAGAAUGCCUCGUGUUUACAGUAGCCCUUCCCUGAAAGUGGAUGGAUCUGCCAUGGCGAUUCGAGAAAACAAGAAUUUGGCUGAAACCCACAUGGCAAACGGGCUGGGUUGUGAAUAUAAAUCCAAUUCAAAUGAAGAGUCCUCUGUUUCCGAACAAAUGCAAAUUGGAUUGAGAAAUCCGGACGAUUCAAACUCAAGAAAGAGAAAAGCUGCAUCUUCAAAAGGCAAAGCAAAAGAAAUUGCAUCACCCGUUGUAAAGGAAGAAGGAAGCGAUGAUUCGAAUUUGAAGAGACAGAAGAAAACAGAGGAGAAUACAAAUGGUGAAACAGAGAAGAAUCCAAAGCUUCCCGAGCCACCAAAAGAUUAUAAAGAUUAUAUUCAUGUUAGAGCAAGAAGAGGUCAAGCUACAGAUAGCCAUAGCCUUGCAGAAAGAGUCAGGAGAGAGAAGAUAAGUGAAAGAAUGAAGCUUCUUCAAGAUCUUGUUCCAGGUUGCAAUAAGGUCACUGGAAAAGCACUCAUGCUCGAUGAAAUCAUCAAUUACGUUCAAUCACUACAAGGUCAAGUUGAGUUUCUGUCCAUGAAACUAGCAACAGUGAAUCCAAGGCAAGAUUUUGACAUGAAUAGUCAACUUUGCAAAGAUGUUCAUAUGAAUCAAUCACAUAGGAAUUUAUCUCAACAAUUAUACCCAAUGGAAACAUCCACGUCAGAGUUCUAUCAACAAAACCCACAACAAGUACUUUUUGUUGGGUCUACUGCUAUCACUCAAUCUUCAGUGGACCCAUUGUCCACCUCCAUUGUUCAUGGAUUCACCCAAACUUUCUCACAAUUCGUUGAAUUUGAAGGAGAUGAUCUAAAUAAUAUUGUCAAGAUGGGUUACAGAGAGAAUCAUGAUCAUGAUCAGACAUCGGAAAUGAAAAUUGAACUCUGACCAUGAUCCAAACGCGUUUGCAGCCAUUGGUCGAUUGAUGGCAUGAUGAGGCUGUGUAAAUACAAAAGAGACUACUUUUAGUUCGGAUUAAAAUAAUUAAACCUGUAUUUUGCUAAUUGAUCUACUUUUAAGUAUAAUAAUUUUCUAGCAUUUCAUUUCAUUUAUUUUUUGUAAUAUGCAUUGUAUUAUAGAGAUUAUGUGGAGUUGAAGGUUCAAAAGUUCGACAUGUAAUAUAUAGAUGGAAAUUAAAAGUAAAAAACUUCA